CGUGAUCAGAGUCGGUCAGUGGCGCGCAAGUUGACAGGAUCUGAUUUAGCUUCUUGUUGGAUGAGGAAGAGAUUGGAGAGCUCUUUGUGAUUUACAGUUCUUCCGGGUGAGAGCUAGUCUCCGAGAGCCAAUCAUGCAGGCGAUUAAAUGCGUCGUUGUCGGGGACGGUGCUGUCGGAAAAACUUGCCUGCUGAUCAGCUACACCACCAAUGCUUUCCCCGGCGAGUACAUUCCAACAGUUUUCGACAACUACUCUGCCAAUGUUAUGGUAGAUGGCAAACCCAUCAAUCUUGGAUUGUGGGAUACGGCUGGUCAGGAAGAUUACGACCGUCUCCGACCCCUCUCUUACCCUCAGACAGAUGUAUUUUUAAUUUGCUUCAGUAUUAUCAGCCCAGCAUCGUAUGAAAAUGUGAAGGGAAAGUGGUAUCCAGAAGUGUCACAUCACUGUCCCAAUGUCCCCAUUAUCCUCGUCGGUACUAAGCUCGAUUUGAGAGACGACAAGGAGACAAUCGACAAGCUUCAGGAAAAGAAGCGCGCGCCAAUCACAUACCCCCAGGGCCUGCAGUUGUUGAAGGAGAUCAACGGCACGAAGUACCUGGAAUGCUCCGCCCUGACCCAGCAAGGUCUAAAGCAGGUCUUCGAAGAGGCCAUCCGUGCAGUGCUCAACCCGCCAGUGAAGACAACUAAAAAGAAGGGAUGUCUUCUCUUAUAGAACAUCAUCCUCUACGCUAGUCUUUCUGUUCCCGUCGUCUGUGUGUGCGCGCUUUUUUUUCUCGUGCUUCUUUUCAGGUAGAAUGUUUAAAUUUAUCUGCCAUACAUCAUCAUCAUCCUAAUGUUCAGAUGCUCUGCGUGUGCAUUCCUAAUCUGCUGGUUCGUGCUCCUUCGUUCUUCUCCAUAGUUUUUCCAUGCCUCCCUGCUAAUGUUUAGUGUGCGGGUCUAUAUACUCGCAAUACACAGCUGUGGAAAACUCGAUAAAUCAGUCUCGUGUAAGUGGCGAGAGUUGUCAAAUACACUAAAACACAACCGA